AUGGCUGGUUCAAGUGAGGCUCUAACCAAGGGUGGAAAUUACUCAAUUGAAGAUGAUGUUGCUCUAUGUCGUGAUUAUAUAGCGAUUAGUGAAGAUCCUGUUAUUCGGAAUGGCCGAUCUUUGAUGAAAUUUUGGUCGCGUUUCAAAAAUGGAAAUCAAGUUGAUGGGGCAGCUCAUGCCAAGCAGACACUGAGAACUCUUUCAGCAAGAAAUGGAUCAGCUGUAGACAGUUCUAGUACUGAGGUCCCGAAGGGCCACUUUGCGGUUUAUGUUGGAGAUGGCGAAGAGAAGAGAUUUGUGAUUCCAAUAUCAUAUUUGAACCACCCUUUGUUCCAAGACUUGUUAAGCAAGGCUAAGGAAGAGUUUGGAUAUGAUCAUCCUACAGGUGGACUCACAAUUCCAUGCAGUGAAGACUACUUCAUCAGUUUAACUUCAUGUCUAAAUUGUUCUUAA